AUGGAUUUACUAUCGCUUCUCGGUUUAAUAGUAUUUUCGCUGCUUCUAUUGCUACUUGCUCUUUGGACUAUUCGCUUCUGUCUGAGAGCAGCGUUUGGAACCCGGGAUGUCAACUUUAGAUUGGAGCCUCGGGACGGAGUAUUUGAUCGUAACUAUCUACGAACAAUGGGCGGCAGCGGCAGCUCGGCCCUAUCAGAGCAAAUCGAACUGGACGAGAUGCUGAGUGACCCUGUCACAUACGAACAGGACAACCACGACCAAAUGGGUUAUAAACGGAGUUGA